CCUCAAAUAGGUACUUAAGAAAUACGAUGAGAGAUUCAUACUUAUGAUUUACGACUGAAUUGCAAAGUCUAAUUAAUCUGGAAAUCUGUAGCUACUACUAGACAUAACAGAAUAAGUAAGAAAGAACUAUUGUUUGAUAGUCUCUUUUUACAGUCAAACGCUAAAAUGAAUCUUGUUAUCAUGUCCGCCACAAGAUUUCUACACAUACAUAUGUCUAUAAAUUAUACUAACUUGCUAAUAAUACGAAAACGUAUUCUGAUAUUUGCAGUUUCCCCAGUAAUAUUGGAACCGGUACCCCUUAAAAUGUUUCCUGGUGAUGGUACACUUCACUGGCUUCCUAUGACCAAUGGCCAAUUACCUCCGGACGCAAUGAUUGGCGGCUUUGAAAACGAAUUCACAUACAUAGCCAGAGCUUAUCACAAUGGGUCAAUAUGUCCUGGACGAUAUAUCCCCUCCACUGGAAAAGCUUUUGUCCCCUGGGGCGGGAGAGCACAUAAAAAAUGGGAGUUUGAGAUUUUAUGCGGAUUUAAUGCUAUAUGGGUUAAAACAAGAUCUAACAUCAUCCCGCCGAACGCAUUUAUUGGUGGAAGGUCAGAAGUGCGGAACGAGCCUCUGUACAUAGGACGAGCGAUGAUCGACCAAAAUCUCAUAUCUGGGAAAGUGCACACCCUUUAUCAUCUCUGCUUUUUACCGUACAACAGGAGGGAAGUUGAAGUAUCUUCUUACGAAAUAUUAGUUAUACCGGAGAAUGAAAUACCACAAGCUUUGCCCUUUACAUAUUAACUGGCAGCAGUAGGUAUGUACAUAAAUGUAUAAUUGUAUAUUUAUGGCGCAAUACUGAGUAACUGGCAGCUGAGUCUAUCAAUAAUUCUCACAAGGAAUAAUCCUAUGUAGGACUCAGGAUUUCAGUAACUGUUGUUCCAAUUUUAAAUUGUGUGAAAUUGUAAGUUUGUUUGUAUAAAUUGGAGAUGGAGACACAGAAGCUUUCAGUUUUGGGUCCAAGUUUUUUUAAAAUAAAAAUACUUAUAUU